CCUCCAUCGUCUCCUUUUUUUUUUUUAAAUCAUAAAAGUUUAUUGGCAAGAGAAAAACAAUGACAGAUGAAAAUAAUUGACAUACUCUGAGCACAAGAACAUCUGUAUACAUAGAGUAGAAAAUUAAGUGCAAGAGUUUGUCCCUAUGUUAUCUGUUAUUUUAUAUGUGCUGUUUUACUUUUAUUUAUUUUUAUUUGUUAUACUCUUUAUUUUAAACAAAUCCAAAAACAAUCAGGAGUUAGGAACAGACUUAGUAAACAGUAUAGAAUAUUCCGAAGGGCCAACCAGUGGAAUCCUUGGAAGGGCUUGUAGGAGAUUACCGAGAGAGUCAGAAGGAAAAAGAAGCAAGAGUGGAGUUAAAAACUGAGGUGAGAAGAGAAUGAAGAGGGGGAAAAAAAGAAUAUAAAAAGCAGAAACAAGUCUCGGGCGGGGGGAGAGCGAGUCUGGAGAAAAGUAAUGUGGGGAAAAAAAAGGGUAAGUUGAACUAGGAGAGACCUGGGAGAGGUAUUUAGUGUACCAGGGUGUCCAGACGCUGUGGAAUUUGCUCUGCCCGGUGCAAUGUGUAUAAUGUGCUUUAACAGGUGCAGGGGAAGUGGGGGCAGAUAUGUGUUUUUCAACCACUGCAUUUCUGGGGGCAUAUUUGUUUACCAGACACUGUGUUUUUAAUUUUUACACAGAAAUGGCUAGUGAGCAGUAUCGUCAAUUCUGGGCAGGCUUCAUUGAAAUUUAUCAUGAGAAUGAGUGCCUGUGGAGAGUGAAGAGCGCGGACUAUUCCAACAGGAACAAGAAGAAUCGGGCAUUUCAACAGUUGAUCGAGUACAGUAGAGGCCAAAACAGUUCUGCGGACAUUGGUUGGGUGAAGAAGAAGAUUUCUAAUUUCCGAACAGUCUUCAUAAAGGAGCACAAGAAGGUGGAAGAGUCACAGCGAUCCGGAGCCGGGACAGAUGAGGUCUUUAAGCCGACGCUGUGGUACUAUGACCUCUUCAAGUUCACGUUGGAGCAGGAGCCACGGACAAGGUCACUGGAAAGCCUGGAUCCAGAAUAUCCAAUCCUCAUGGAAGAGGAGGCCCAGGAGAGUCUGGAUCUGGAUCUUACCCAGGAGCUGGAGGUGGAGCAGUCGACUCCGGAAUCUGCAGAGGUGGUCGAGUCUGAGGAAUCUGCAGCACCUCAACCACGUCCUCCCACACGACGGAGGACAUCCAGGAGAGUCCCAGGAGAGUCACCUCUGCCGCCUCCAGCUCACAGCAAUUUUUUGCACAUGCUGAGGAGGUUCUGAAUAGGUCCCCGGAUUAUGAUCAAACCUUUGCCAAUUUCAUUGCGGCGGAGAUGAGGCAGAUGACUGAGGAUCAAAAGAGGAUCCACAAGCGCCUGGUACUUGAUGCUACCACACGCGCCAUCGACCAGACACUGGUUGAUGAGUGUGAGAUAGUGCCACCUGCCAGGCGCCAUCUCCAAAAUGUUCCCCCAUUCACCUUUCCACAUCACCAUCCCAUGCAGUAUGCGCCGGUAAACCCUCCUCAUCAGAUGUCUUAUUUUCCGACGGGACCCACACAGCCGAGCCCCUCCCCUCAGCCUAGCACGUCGUCCAGUGGCAUGUACUCCGACAUGCCACCUUCACAGGCAUCGGUCCUGGGCGACCCUCGUUUUUUUAAUUUAUAAAAUUUUGUUUUUCAGCCCGGUUUUUUAGUAAGUGUAAAAAUCUGUUGUUGACUUUUUCCUACACUGUUGCUCCAAGUGAACUAUACUGAGGUCUAUAGUUCCGCAGCGUUGGUUUUAUGACCUCAUUGUCCCGGACUUUUGAUCGUUGUGAUAAGUCCACUCCUUGUGCUCCUUCAAGAGACUGUUCGGAAAAGUGCACUAUUUCUUCUUCACCCAGUGCAUGUUCGCAGCACCGUUAGCCUCUACUGUACUGUUGUAAGAGUUAUGCCCGAUUCUUCUAAUGUUCUGUUGGGAUAGUCCGCGCAAAAAGGGCACUUAUUCUCAUGAUACAGUUAAUGAAGCCUGCCCAGAAUUGGCUUUAUACUGUAAUUUUUUCAAAUUUUAUAAAGUUUUUCAAAACCAACAAA